AUGAAAUCACUUUCGUGGGAAGAAAGGGGCAUACGUGUUCAUGGAAGAUUUCCCUCGAAUCUUGGCUUAGCGGACGACAUCGUUCUCUUUUCGAGCAGUACCAAUGAAGCAGAAACGAUGCUCAACGAAUUGAACGAAGCAGGGAAGAGAAUAGGACUACGAAUAAACAGAAAGAAGACACAGUUCAUGAAGAACGCCUACUGCGAGGACGGAGGAGUACAACUUGAAGGCUCCCAAAUCGUGGAAACUUCGUCAUACGUAUACCUCGGACGUUCUAUGAACAUGGAAAACGACUUGAAGGAAGAACUGAAUAGAAGAAUGAGAGCAGUAUGGGCAGCAUUCGCAGCCGUCAGGGAACCUACGGACCAUCUGACAGACCAAGAUCUUCGUGCCUAUCUGUUCGACUCGACAGUUCAUCCAGCCUCUGUUACGCAGCGGAGACGUGAGCAGACACUGCUGCCACGUCUAGGAAGCUACUUACUACCCACAGAGCCCUUGAGAGAUGUCUUCUGA